CUUAAAUCUUAACGUCGACUCCGUCGCUGUUUAGCUUCUACCAGUCAUCCUAUUUGCCCCCGCGAAGCUAACUUCACAUUCCAUUCUUAGGUUAUUCUGGCAUUAACAGACUGGUGGGUUAGCUUUAAGGGGUUCUUGACUUUAUUUUUGUGGUGAAGAGAUGAGUCAGAAAGGUUUGAUUUAUAGCUUUGUUGCGAAAGGAACUGUUGUUUUAGCGGAGCAUACACCUUACUCUGGGAACUUCAGUACCAUUGCUGUCCAAUGCUUACAGAAGCUGCGUUCUAAUAGCAGCAAGUACACCUACUCGUGUGAUGGGCACACCUUUAACUUCCUCAUUGACAUCGGAUUUGUUUUUCUUGUUGUUGCGGAUGAAUCAAUGGGGAGGAGUGUACCUUUUGUUUUUCUUGAGAGAGUAAAAGAUGACUUUAAACAGCGUUAUGGUGCAAGUAUUAGGGGUGAUGGCCCACACCCCCUUGCUGAUGACGAGGACAGUAAUGAUGAGUUAUUUGAAGACCGAUUCAGCAUCGCAUACAAUCUUGACAGAGAAUUCGGGUUUAUAUAUUGCUUCUUUUCUUUGGCAUCUGUUUAAUGAUUUUGUGUCCAAUGUUUGCCAUAUUAUUUUUCCAUCUGCGUAUAAUGUCGUGCUUUGUUUACUAGGCCAAGGCUUAAGGACCACAUGGAAUAUUGUAUGAACCAUCCAGAUGAAAUAAGUAAGCUAUCCAAACUGAAGGCACAAAUUACGGAGGUCAAAGGGAUAAUGAUGGACA